GAGGGAGGCCGGCAGGUCCACACGCAGCAGCCAGGGGGCGCUGUUUCCCCACCUACACCCAACCCCACGCAGCAGCCAGGGGGCGCUGUUUCCCCACCUACACCCUACCCCAUGCAGCAGCCAGGGGGCGCUGUUUCCCCACCUACACCCAACCCCACGGAGCAGCCAGGGGGCGCUGUUUCCCCACCUACACCCUACCCCAUGCAGCAGCCAGGGGGCGCUGUUUCCACACCUACACCCAACCCCACGGAGCAGCCAGGGGGCGCUGUUUCCCCACCUACACCCUACCCCAUGCAGCAGCCAGGGGGCGCUGUUUCCACACCUACACCCAACCCCACGGAGCAGCCAGGGGGCGCUGUUUCCACACCUACACCCAACCCCACGGAGCAGCCAGGGGGCGCUGUUUCCCCACCUACACCCUACCCCAUGCAGCAGCCAGGGGGCGCUGUUUCCCCACCUACACCCAACCCCACGCAGCAGCCAGGGGGCGCUGUUUCCCCACCUACACCCUACCCCAUGCAGCAGCCAGGGGGCGCUGUUUCCCCACCUACACCCUACCCCAUGCAACAGCCAGGGGGCGCUGUUUCCCCACCUACACCCUACCCCAUGCAGCAGCCAGGGGGCGCUGUUUCCCCACCUACACCCUACCCCAUGCAACAGCCAGGGGGCGCUGUUUCCCCACCUACACCCUACCCCAUGCAGCAGCCAGGGGGCGCUGUUUCCCCACCUACACCCUACCCCAUGCAGCAGCCAGGGGGUGCUGUUUCCCCACCUACACCCUACCCCAUGCAGCAGCCAGGGGGCGCUGUUUCCCCACCUACACCCUACCCCUCUGCUUCCCAUCAGGAAGCCUUUAAUCUGACUGUGAGCGAGUAGCAGGCAGAAGGGUAAAAUAAAGAAGUGUGUACUUGAAUCUCAAAGUACUCUGUGGUGACGAUGGAGGUCACUUCAGAUUCUGAAACUCUCACAUCGUAACAAUAGAAAUGACGUUGACUGAAACAACGUUAGCUAAACGAAGACGAGGGCCAGAUGUCCUGCAGCAGCUUCCCAGGUUUUACUUUAAUUAUUCAGACGUGCUGUGUUGUGAAGAGCUGGAUCCAUGAGGGGCCUCUCCUAUUGGCCGGUGAUUUAAAGAGCGGCUCUGCUCCGUGCUUCUGGUUUUAGUUGUUUGUGAACUGGUAAAAUGUUGGGACCUUUUUGAGGAGCUAUUUGAGAAACGGCUCAACACAAAGAGCUGCGCCUGGGAAAAAUAGUUUUAUUUUCAUUUUAUUGCAUUUUUACAGUCGUAUGUAAUCCAUACAGCUCAGGGGCGCCACUUUGCUGUUUUUAGCAUCAAUUUUACGAGUGACUCAAAUAAAAAAUGCAAACUCUUUCUACCAGUCUGUCAUUAGGCCACUUUGUUCAAGUUCUGUUUGUAAAACUGAAGAAGUCUUUAGUUUCUAGCUGCGCCUUCAGAGUCUUAAUCCUCAAAGCUGCUCAGCUCCUACAGCAGAAGUGUUUGUUUCUUUUAACGCUUGUUGUUUUAUGUUUUUAAAGGGAUGAAGGAAGAGAAAUAAUAAUUCCAGGCUGGGUGUAUUUAUUUUAUUUUUUCAGAAUAUAUGCACUUCUCUCACUAAGCAAUAAAGUGACUGAUGGCUGGUGUGAGGAGGAGUAGCUCCCAGCACCUCCUCCACCACUGCAGGUGAAGCUGCCUAACACUGAUGUCUCGCUGUUUUGAAAGGAGUUGUAUUUAUUACCCUGGUAUUUCCCCCAAAGGAUGCUGCUGUUUUAACACAUUAUUGGUUGGGCUAGUUGUUCAGGACUACUUUGUGAAUAUGCUGCAUCAAAAAGCUUCUUCAAAUGUUUUCCAUCAUUUUGCUGUUUUCAACCAGAUCAAAACUAUUUCAAUUCUUUGAAGUAACAACAAAAGGCACCAUUAACUUCUCAAACAACCAGCAGCAGGAGAAUUGAACUGCAACCUCAGAGCUGGACAGCGGCUGGGGGGCGGAGCCUGUUUCCAUGCAGCAUCACAUGUGAGCGCCAGGUGGGCCAGGCACUGGUCACCCUGUGAAGCACCUGGUUGGUUCCGCUGGCAGCGAGAGGUCAUUGUUCUGUCUCCUGUGUUUCUAACUAAUAAACUACUGAAUGGAA